AUGGUGAAUAUGGAGCCGAACACGACGAGGGUGGCGGCCGUCAAUAAUCCAUCAGGGUCGCCGCCGUCGCCGUCCACGGCUGCUGGGAUCAAGCGGAAUUUCUUGAUUCCGGCGCCGAAAGAGGGUGGAAUAGAGAUGUACUCGCUGGCGUUCUACGCGACAUGCACCGCCGGAGGAAUACUGAGUUGUGGGCCCACUCACACCGCCGUGACCCCACUUGAUGUUCUCAAGUGCAACAUGCAGAUCGAUCCUACAAAGUACAAGAGUGUGGGCUCCGGUUUCGGUACCCUGCUCAAAGAGCAAGGUGUCAAAGGUUUCUUCAAGGGGUGGGCCCCAACAUUGGUCGGAUACAGUGCCCAGGGAGCGUACAAAUACGGACUAUACGAGUAUUUCAAGAAACACUACUCCGAUAUUGCGGGGCCCGAGUAUGCGGCCAAAUACAAGACGUUAAUUUAUCUAGCAGGAUCCGCUUCGUCUGAGUUUGUUGCGGAUAUUGCACUCUGCCCUUUUGAGGCCGUAAAAGUUCGUGUCCAAACGCAACCUGGAUUCGCUCGAGGCUUGUCCGACGGAUUUCCUAAGUUGAUCAAGGCUGAAGGGGUUUCAGGGCUUUACAAAGGGAUAGUUCCACUUUGGGGACGGCAAAUUCCGUAUACAAUGAUGAAGUUUGCGACGUUCGAGAAUAUCGUCGAAGGCAUAUACAAGUACGCAAUCCCAACUCCGAAAGAGCAAUGCAGCGUACCGUUACAGAUCGGUGUUAGUUUCUCCGGUGGAUACGUUGCCGGCAUACUAUGUGCCGUUAUCUCGCACCCUGCCGAUAACUUGGUCUCUUUCCUCAACAAUGCAAAGGGAGCCACGCUUGGCGAUGCAGUGAACAAGCUAGGGUUAUGGGGUUUGUGUACUCGGGGACUCCCUCUUCGAAUCGUCAUGGUCGGUACCCUUACGGGAGCACAAUGGGGCAUUUACGAUUCAUUCAAAGUUUUUUUCGGGCUGCCAACAACUGGUGGUGCUCCUGCAACAAAGUGAACAAAAUAGAAGUUACAUUAAAAACAGAAAGAGGUUUGUGCUAUAGAAUUAUUCAAAUGUGUUGGUAGUUUAAUUUUGUUCUUCCCCCAGAAUUUGGUUUUAUUAUUAUUAUUAUUGAAUUAGACAUGUUAUGGAGAAAUUAGUUUUGUACAAGAUUUUACUAAAUUUUUUAUUAACUAAAUAAAUAGUUAAUCCGAUUAAUAUAAUAAAAUACAAAA